AUGUCUGACAAAGAUCAAGGAAGCGCCCAACUAGCUGGCGAUCACCAAGAGUAUCAAAACAAGAACUACGACUCUGAUGUCGAAAACAUGGCUGGUGGAGACCACGAAAUUGGCAAGAUCUACACAUCUGGUGCCAACAACGAGUACAUCUACAUUGGUAGACAGAAGUUCUUGAAGACUGACCUGUACGAGGCUUUCGGUGGUACUUUGAACCCAGGUCUUGCUCCACCUUCAAGCCACAAGUUUGCUAACCCAGCCCCAUUGGGUCUGUCUGCUUUCGCUCUAACCACUUUUGUGCUAUCUAUGUUCAACGCCAAGGCUCAAGGUAUUGUGGUUCCUAACGUUGUUGUCGGUUUGGCUAUGUUCUACGGUGGUCUUGUCCAAUUGAUCGCCGGUAUUUGGGAAAUCGCUUUGGAAAACACUUUUGGUGCCACUGCUCUGUGCUCCUACGGUGGUUUCUGGUUGAGUUUCGGUGCUAUUUACAUUCCAUGGUUCGGUAUCCUAGAAGCCUACAAAGAUAAAGAAAGUGACUUGGGUAACGCCCUAGGUUUCUACCUACUGGGCUGGACCAUUUUCACUUACGGUUUGACUUUGUGUACAUUGAAGUCUACCGUUGCUUUCUUUGCACUAUUCUUCCUACUGGCUCUGGUCUUGCUAUUAUUGUCUAUUGGUGAAUUCUCAGGCAAAGUUGGCUGUAAGAGAGCUGGUGGUGUCGUCGGUGUCGUCGUCGCUUUCAUUGCUUGGUACAACGCUUACGCAGGUGUCGCCAGCAGACAAAACUCUUACAUUGUUGCUCACCCAUUCCCAUUGCCAACAAACGAAAAGACCCUAUACUAA